AUGUCGCUCGCCAUGACAUAUCCAACUCCCUCCUCCGCGUCGUCCCGCCUGGCCGACACAUCCGACAUUCUUUCUCAUAUAUUCUCUUUCCUCCCUCAGUCAACCCUAUUCAACGUACUUCAGGUAUCCAAGACCUUCUUCCACGCAUCUGUCCCUCACCUGUAUCAUACUCUCACGAUCGCUCCUGGUGGCCGAAAUAUAUUUGCCGGCUCCAGGAGACUUGAUAAUCUCACGUUAGACCAGAAACCCAGCUUCAACCAGACCGACCCAUCCAACGAGAUAAACAAGAACUCUCUAUUGAAGUACAUAAAAAGGGUCGAUGUUUACAUUCACGAGAUCAAUGAUUGUCCAUUCGUUAAACAAUAUAUCGAGCCUCUACCCAAUCUUGAGAUACUUCACCUAGCAAAAGGUAAAAGACCUACCAACAUCACGACUUCUGAUGAAGAUAGGGAAAGAAUCUGCUCAAAUGAGAAAUGUCAAUUCAUUAUGAAAGUAUGUGUCAACGCACACAAGGUGAUAGUUCGGGAAUUGGACUUUAGAUCGAUCAUGAAAUUUGAUAAAUUGGAGAGGGUGGUGUUAAAGUUAAGACCAUGUGAAUUACCUUUUUAUAGAGGUGAGGGAAUGUCAAAAUAUCGAAAAUCACUUUAUCAAGAUGAUUCAAAUGGAGAUGGAGGAUCUCAACGAGAGGAAGAACAUGAUUAUUCGAGUCUAUGGUUCAGAUCGUUGCAUCAUCUACCACCGUCAGUCAAGCAACUAGAUUUAAUUUGGUGGGAUGAAAGUCAUAAAUAUAGGAUCGAUUCGUACGAAGCUUCCUUUAAAGGUUUUGGACAUUGGUUUGGUCGAGGAGGAGAUGCAGGAGGAGUAAGGAUAAUGAAGAAUUGUAAUUACUGUGAUCAAAUGGGUUGUAUAAGAUAUUCACCACAUGUAGGUAUUCAACUACCUGUCAUGUUUCAAGUCUUAGGCAGACAGACGAAUAUCCGACAAAUAAAUGUAUGGAAUUUUGAGAGGGUGGGAGGAGGCGAAUGGCAAUGGAAAGAUUAUGAAGUGGGUUAUGAAGAUUUGAAAGAUCAGUUGAAAGAAGGUUUCAAGAUCGGUAGAAAAGAGAAAGAGAGGACGGAGAAUACUAUCGAUUGUAGUGAUUAUGAUCAAGAAGAAGGGAUGGUAAAGUUCCAUUCAGGAUUAGAAUACUACUCUACCCACUCGCAGGAUACCGAUGAGAUCGAUCGGGAAGAAAUGGAAUAUUGGAAAGUUCGGUUCGACCCUUCGGACAAACUUAGGGGACUGCGAAAGAGAGUGAUUGAAGAGAUGGAGAAGAAGGGCUGGAAUACGACCGAUGUAAAGAUCGAUUUUUGGUCAGAGGAUUCAUGUGUGGAUUGGUUGAUUGAGAGACAUAACGCCCAGAGAGCUGAGGAUGAACGUAAAAACAAGAUUGAGAUGAUCGAGGAGGAAGAUGAAAGUGACAUCGAAGGGGAGUAA